UUCGCUUGCAGUCAAUGUCCUGCUAGAUUUGCACGUAAUCACGAUUUGAAAAGACAUCAAAGAGGACAUUUAAGCGUUCGUCCUUAUCCAUGCACUUGGUGCGGCAAAAGUUUCAGCAGAAAAGAUGCAUUAAAAAGACAUGUUUUGGUCAAAGGAUGC